AAGAGAACCAGUCUGCACCGAAGUGCUGGCGCUGUGACAGGGAUAAUGAUGUGACCAUCAUUAAUACAGUGACCACUUCUUAUCAAAGAAGUAUACAUGUUUUAUGAACGACCUUUCAACUGACGGCAAGACACACGACGAGGAACGAUGAGCGAGGACAUCAUCAAGCAGGCUGAACUGCGCCACAAACGUAAACCCGCGGGUAGACCGGGGGACGCCGCCCUUCUCUCCGACCAACGCCACGUGACCAGCACCGACCUCCAGACAGCGGCUAGACAGAAAAAUGCGUUUUUCUCUGAAGUUACACUGAUAUCCUCAGACGAAGCCGCUAACGAUGUCUGCAACCACAACGACGUUCACUAUGACACCCACAGAUCGACCGCACAACCAGUCGUUACACCGCCCUUUGUAGAGUGCAAGGUAUCCGACGUAGAUGGCAAAGCCCUCAUCAGUACAUGCUGUAAGAAAUCUUUACUCAGCAAGUCCAUGUUUAACACACUAAGGUUGCCAGAUACUCGUUUACCGAAUGUGUAUACUUCAAUCCUUUUGCAAGACCGUCGAUUUGAUUACAGGUUCGAAGUGAGAGAUGACAUACCCGAUAUUGUAAUUGGAAUAGAUUUCCUCAUAACCUAUAAGUGUGUGGUGAAUUUCAGAGACAUGACUCUCAGCAUAGACUGUGGCGCCCUGGACGUGCCGUUCCUGGAGAAGACGGACAUACCUCUCAAGUACAGAGUCCAUCGGAAUCUCGCAGCAUCGUUUUAGAUUCGAGACCUGCCACAUGAGACACGUGUUGUGGUAUGACCAAUGACACUGUGAACGUUGAGCGAAUCAAACCAUAAUGAAACAAAAGGCCCUUCGUACCAACGUCAUCAGACAUCUUGUAUUGCAAAAACGUCGACAUUAAAAUAAGUGUAGUUGAAGUGGUGAGUGAGUGGAAACGAUUAAUAAACGUUUUAACGAUUACUAGUAUUGUGAAAAUGAUCACGUGGGGGAUGGGGUGAGCCAGCGCCUGUGUUAUGUCAUGUGAGUGUAACAAAAGUUUAGUUAUAAUGCUGAACUUAUUACUUUAGAAUACUCGGUUUUAUAUGAACGUUGCCCGUUUGUUGUUGUAAUAUGUUUUCCAUCAUUGUGAUCAUUUCCAGAACAGUAAGCCAACCAGACGCUGCAGAUCGUUAUUGCAAUUCGCACUGUGAGAACAGACCCUGAGGUAUAUUGUUUAUAUUUCGAAUGUAUGGGCGUAAACAAAAACAAUGAAUAAAUUUCAAACUUAAA